UGACAAAAUCACACACGGAAGGAACGGAAGCGCAUUCGAACAUCGCAACAGCAUCACACUGAGCAGACACGACAGAGUUGAGGUGUAGAUGAGAGGGACAGUGUGUGUUAUGUUAUCCAUCCGUACACUACUGUAAGUGCUCUGUCGAGAGAGGACUCACGUGCGGCGGGGGAAAAAAUGAGACACUAAGAGCGUCAGGGGUUGGGAAUGAUGGAAAGAAAGAAAAUAGUGUGUCUUGUCUGAGAUUACGGUGAGAAGAGGUCAGGAAACAUAGAAAAACAGGAGGACGAACGACUUGUGUACUUAACUCCAUACGAAACCUUUGGGAUUUUUCUAAGAAGAGCUUUCGAAUGUCGUGAGUCUGAAGGAGCUGGCAAAAAUAGAGAGCAAAAAUGACAGAAACAGACUCGAGAAAAAAGGGCUUUACCAAAGGCAGAAGUGCCACUUUCAGCAUCGAUGGAUUCAACUUCACGAUUGUGGCUAAUGAGGAUGGUGACACCAACAGCAGGCCACUGGCAAGAUUUGCACGCUCAAAGUCUCAAAGUGCACUAUGGAACACGCUGACAGCUGGGACAGGAACAAAGGAAAAGGUGAAAGUUCAGAGGGAUAUUCCUGAUGAUCCACGCCGGAUAGAACAGAUCCUGGCUGAUGAGAUUCCUAUAGACGGUCCAGAGGCAACAGAAAAAACUGCUGUCAGAUUACGAUGUUUGGUGAAACAACUGGAGAGAGGAGAGGCGUCUCUCGUGGAUUUAAAGAAAAACCUGGAAUAUGCUGCUUCUGUUCUGGAAUCAGUUUAUAUUGAAGAAACAAGGCGAUUGGUCGAUACAGAGGAUGAGCUCAGUGACAUCCAAUCAGAUUCGGUGCCGUCAGAAGUCCGCGAUUGGCUGGCCUCCACCUUCACGCGGCAGAUGGGGCUGAUGCUCAGAAGAACGGAGGAGAAGCCGCGCUUCCGCAGCAUCGUUCACGCAGUGCAGGCUGGGAUAUUCGUGGAGAGGAUGUACCGGAGAACCUCGAACAUGGUGGGACUCUGUUACCCUCCCCCUGUUAUAGCAGUGCUUAAGAACGUUGAUAGGUGGUCGUUUGACGUGUUCGCUCUGAAUGAGGCGAGCGGCGACCACUCGCUCAAAUUCAUCUUCUACGAGCUCCUCACCAGAUAUGAUCUCAUCACCCGCUUCAAGAUUCCCGUCUCAGCGCUGGUGUCGUUCGUCGAGGCUCUGGAAGUUGGAUACAACAAACAUAAAAACCCCUAUCACAACCUGAUACACGCAGCCGACGUCACACAGACCGUACACUACCUGCUGCUCAAGACCGGGAUGGUGCACUGGCUGACUGAGUUGGAGAUUUUGGCGAUGCUCUUUGCUGCUGCUGUUCAUGACUACGAACACACAGGAACCACAAACAACUUUCACAUUCAGACCAGGUCUGACACGGCAAUCCUGUACAACGACCGCUCGGUUCUGGAGAGUCACCACGUGAGCGCGGCGUAUCGACUUCUGCAGGACGACGAUGAAAUGAACAUUCUGUGCAACCUCUCCAAAGAUGACUGGAGAGAGCUCAGGGCGCUGGUGGUGGAGAUGGUUCUUGCUACAGACAUGUCCUGCCACUUUCAGCAAGUCAAAGCCAUGAAGAAUUUCCUCCAACAGCCCGAGGGAAUUGACAAACCCAAGGCUCUGUCUCUGCUGUUACACACGGCUGACAUCAGUCAUCCCGCCAAAAACUGGGACCUACAUCAUCGCUGGACGACAACACUGCUGGAGGAGUUUUUCCGACAGGGCGAUAAGGAAGCAGAACUUGGACUGCCUUUCUCACCUCUGUGUGACCGCAAAUCCACAAUGGUGGCCCAGUCUCAGAUCGGGUUCAUUGACUUCAUUGUUAUUCCCACGUUUACGGUUCUAACGGACAUGACGGAGAAGAUCGUCACUCCGCUCAUCGACGAGGCAACGGGUUCAGGCCUCGCUGGAUUCCGCAGUACAACUGCAGGAGAUGUGAAGCAGAGCAGCGUGAACAGUUCUGGUUCUGAUGGCAGCGCGUCUCUUCUCACCGUGGACCUGACCAACUUUAAAUCCAUCUGGAAUGACGAGGUUUCUCACAACAGAGAACGCUGGAAGACGAAAGCAGAUAAAGAGAGUGAGGAGAAGGCCAAACAAGAGACUGAAGAACAGCAGGGGACAACAGCGCAAAACAAAAACCAAGAGAUCCCAGCAACAAAGCAAGACAGGGGGGCUGAGGAUGACCCGGGGGGAGUGACCGGACCUUCAAAAGAAAGUGACCAAUCAGUGGAAAAACAGAAAUUACUGAAUGGAGAAUCACCGGUGUAUGAAGAGAAGAGAACACUCAAUGAAACUGCCUGAUGUGAUUUCCAGUCUGGCUGUCCGAUUCCGAGCUGUAAUCCUCGUAUCUAAAGGUGAACGCUGGAUACUGAAGGUACACGGCGUCCUCUAGUGGACAUAGCUAACGCUUGCAUCACUUCAUGUUCGGCCACUAUCCCCUCGAAAGCCUGUGCUGACUCUUUAAGAAGAUUCACGAAGCCCUGUUUGAUUUGAAGAUCAGGCAACAUUUCCUUUCCAAACCUGUAGAGGGCAGCAAAUGAAUCCAUUUAAGCAAGAGCUGAUGGAAGAAACGCAUGAAACUGUUGGAGAUGAGUGCUGUCCAGGAUUUUCAUCUUCAUUUAUAAUUCAACAAACAAAUGCUUUAAUGUGCUUCUGAUCGAGCUUGUAAUCCAAUGUUUCGGCGCGUGUGUGAAGUUCAUCUGUGGUUCACAACUAAAUAUCAUUUGUGUGUGUACUAGACAUGUGCCGGUGUUCAGUAAUGAAUUGUUUACACUCUAAAAAAAUAAUAAAGUGGCCUAGUAAAUAUCACAAAAAUAUACAGUUAUAUUAACUUAAUAAAAUCUUUUAAAAACUGAUUUUUCCAGUGGGACAUAUUAAACAAAUUCAUUAAAAAUCCAAUAGUUAAUUUUAGAUAUGAUUUAAGUUUAUUUAAUGAAUUUUUUUUAACAAAUAUUAUUUUUAAUAUACAUACAUACAUUAAUUUUGGGGAAGUCUAAAAGAAAUAUUUAAAUUACUCAAACUUUUUUUAACUUAUGUUUACACAAUUUAAACAGUAUGGCCCGAUUUCACAGACAAGGCUUAAGGCUAGUCCCAGACUAAAAUGAAUGUGUGACCUGUUUUAACUGAAUAUAACUUGCCCAGAAAUAUCUAAAAAUAUAUCAGUGCCAUUGUUUUGUCUGAAGAUGCACACCAGUAAUGUAUUCUUCUAAGGUAUUUUUAUAAAAGUGACAUAAAUGUCUUAAUUCAACUAAGGCAUAAUCCUGGUUUAAACUAAACCGUGUCUGUGAAACCGGGCCUAUAUUUCAUAGCAUGAAUAAAAUAGCAUAAUAAAAGCAUCAACUCUGUUUAUGAAUUCGCAAAUUAAGAAAUUACCUAUUUAGAUAUUUACAGUAAAACAGAGAUCAAAUAAAUUACAUUUUAAUCUGGACUAAAGCAGUUGCUUUAUACAUUUUUAUUUAUGUAUAUUUGUUUUUAAUAUUACAUUUUUAAACUUAAUUUAUUUAAAUAUGCAAUAAAAGUCCCAGCAAUUAUAUAUCAAAGUAUAUAAAAGUUUGAUACCAUCAGAUGUGCAUACAGUUAGCCGGGGAAAAAAUUAAGAGAUCAUUUCAAAAUAUUUUCAGUUUUUCUGAAUUUAUUAUCUAUAGGUAUGCAUUUAGGAAAACUGAUCAAUUUUGUUUUAUGCUGUGAACUACUAACAAUUUUCUCCCAAAUUUCAAAUAAAAAUAUUGUUUCUAUUUGCGUUUAUUUGCAGAACAUGAAAACUGGAGAAACAGGUGAAAAUAACAGAAAAGAUGCUGUGUAUUUUCAGUAUUUUUCAAGUUCAGAUUCACAUUCAAGCAAUACAACAGUAAUAUUUGUAUUUAGGAAAAAAAAAUUAUUUGAUCAUCUGGAUUUUUCUCACACUUUUCAAGUGUCUUGCUGUCAGUCUUUCUCAUUGACACUGGACUGAAAUGACCACAAUACAUCUAGAAAUGCUGAUGACAUGAAUUUAGAAGGAUCUCUUAACUUUUCUGCGGCUGUACAGUAUAUCAGGCCUGUGUUAAAUUGUAAAUAACUCCGCAGUUGAACCAGUAAUCGAUAUUCAUCCAGAUCUGCUUACAGGCUCGACAAUAAAGUGAUGUUUUGUUCAGCUAUUUUAAAUGCGCUUUACUAGACAAGCCCUCCAGAACGGCAUUGUGCGUUUGCAAAUCGAGUUUGUGUACAUGAAACCCUGAAUGUGUAUGUAUUAUUACUGUAAACGAACGUUGGCGUUUAGAUCAGAGCUUUUAUACUUGAGAAAAGCCGAAUGAAGUGGCAGUAUUUCUAAUCAAGCACGUCUAUAUUCUGACUCGACCUGAGAUGCAUCUCGGCUUACUUACAAAUGCCUUUCUUGAUGUAGUCUUUCUGAAACUGACCAACAGAAAAAUGCUCUCGCAGUCAUCAUAGAUGAUGUAACGUGUGAAUCAUAACCAUAUCACUAGUUUAGUCUUAUUUCAUCAGGAUCUUGUCUGUUACACUUACCAAACUUAUCCUGUAUCUGACAAAAUAUACAUUAAUACGUUUGUUAUGGCAUUCAUAACCCGUCUGAGUUCUGUCUAGAUUACUGUUUCAUGUGAUAACACGGUUUCAUUGAUCUGUUAAAGGAGAAAAUGUUACAGAUUAACCGUUACGCUCUUGAUGAAUGCAUUCCUGUUCUGAGAGUAUACUGUAAAUGUUUUGCUUCUGAAUUAUUCUUUUUGUUACCGCCUGUAAAAUUUGUCAUGCAUUAAUUUAGCAUCUCACAGGUUUUGGGUUGUGAUUUGCUGAUAUUAUUUACCAGCAUUGUGUGUUUGUCCUCUUUUUUUAACCAACAAAAUGAACAACUUCAUGACAUGGGCCACUUGAUUUAGUUUUUCUUCUUCCUGUCGGUUCGUGUGGCGAGAGAUUGUGACAGCAUGGGCUACAGCGUGUGUGUGUGUGAGUGUGUAUGAGCAGAUCGUGAUGUAAAUGUUGACACUGUGAUCUCCAUGAUUUCUGUUUUUAAGCAGACUAAGAGCGACACCAAUAAACAUGAACUUAAAGGGCUCAGAAUAAGUGUGAUGCUGUUCUUGG